AGGAAUUUGACGUGAGUUUCAUUCUGACACCAGCUGCUGCCAUAGUUACCGUACAUAUGUCGGUGUUCGAUUAGACUACUCGGAUUCUGUACAUACAGCUCUACCCGUUCCAGCUCAGUCUCAAGGAAUGUCCGCUAGAAAGCUCCAGCAUAAAUGCGAACUGGGUGUCUGCCAUAAACCCCUAACCCAGGGCACAGGCGGUUGUGCUAAUCAACCAAAUGAACGAAUGUAGACCCCAAUGUCGCUCCAGCUCUCCCAUAGCUUUCUUGUUUUACAUAUGCAAUCUCCCUCUAGGGCAAAGCACCCCUCGCAGAGGGCAACCAAAACAAAACACCAAAACACUUCGAUGGGUAUCACAUGCAAAAAAGAGAAACAAUACUCCAUGUAUUGUCAGCCAGUUUCUGGUCUCAAAAGGCAACACCAACACCAGGGCUUCUCAGCGGUCCUCCAAUUUCUUUGAUAUGAACCUCGUCGGUUUGUUUGAGAAUGUCUGCAUAAUCGGGUGGCACAUACGGUACGCCACUCACGAUUGGUUUGAGUCCGUUGGAGACACUUCGAGCAGUGCCAUUGCGAAUUUGGGACUCAGUAGGGGUAGCUACACUGACAUCCGUCUGACUCUGGAUCUCAAAAGUCAAGGCAUCCGUCUCGAGAGUGCUGGCCAUGGUGGACCCCGUCAAGGUUCGUUGGUGAUGCGCAGCGCACAAGCUCAGUGGUUUGGGAGGUGCAGCCGAGAGCUGAUAGAACUGAGCCCGCUUUCGACGACGCUCGGAAAAUGAAGGAGCUGCGGUGGAGGCUGUCUUGGUGGUACUAAUCGACGAGGAUUGACGGUGGGAGAGCCAAUGUGAAAUCCGCUGUUGCGUCUGGUAGUCAGGAUGGAAAAAGUUGGCCGUAUCUUCUGUUUCCGUAGGCUUAGAAAGUUCUCUGCUUGGUCCCGAUGCUACAAUCGGGGCCGGCGCGUGCGUGUAGGGAGAGCCCACCGCCGAUUGCAUCGGUGAUAUGCCCGGCUGGUCGACCACUUUGGGGAACUCGAGCACAAGGCCGCCAACAGUCACCGAUGUGAUCGGUGGGCUGAACUCUUCCUCCAUCGGUGUCAAGAUGGCAACCGAGGGUUCGGAGCGUCCGGGAAUGUGAGCAGUCGGUGGGAGGCCGGGGAGCGAUGCCCACGACACCGGAUGGGAAUGCAAAGCAUCGUAUUCGGACGGCGGUCGAGACGUUGAUAUGACCGUGGAUGUGGUAUCAGGCCGUGUUUGAGAUCGAGACCGUUGCCGCUGUUCGAUCAUGGACGCUGGUUUGACGCGAGUUGGCAUCAUCGACAACUUGUUGGAAAGGAGCUCCUCGGACUUGGUUCGCACCACCGCCCGGGGAGGCGGUUUGAUCUCUCCCAGAUCAGUAAAACUCAGUCUGUCAAACUCAGGAAGAUCCGACAAUCGGUUGUCCGCCAUGUAUAUGCUGAGUUCCAAGGGGCGGAAUUCCUGCCUCAUCCUGCGAAAAGGUAGCUGUUCGUCUGCCGGCGGCCGAGGACUGGAUAUGACUGGUCUCGAGGGGACAUGUCUCCCCAUUGAUAAACUAGAUCUCAAAGAGUCCUUCCCCUGCGACACCCAUCGCGAUAUUCUGGAAGGAGGAGGAAGGGUAGGCGUUGGUGGAAGGUUAUCGAAGACAGUGAGCUUCAUGGGAGGGACCAGAUGUGGUUGUUGAUACAUGAUCCGCAUCUCUCGCUCGACACCUUGGUGAUGUUAGUGGUACUGCCCACAAAUAGGGUCUCCCCUCAUCCCUUACCAGGCGCUGCAGAUGCCCGCUUGUCCUCAUCCUCCGGUUUUGACGACAGACAGUCGAAUAGAACGAAGGUGCAUGUUGGCUGAAGCGAGUCUUCUGGAACGGAUUUGGCCUUCAUGGUGGCAACAGAGCCUCCAACAGCUGUUCCGCAAGUCUCGCCACACUCAUGUGUUUCCAAGAGCCCUUAUCGAUGUCGACGUCCACAUGUAUAACAGAAAGGGAGAGAGGCCAAAGUGUGGUUCAAGCUCUCGUCGUAGUAUAUGAACCAAAGCAGGAAGCGACGACUGGGAAACGGCAGCAGCAACCGGACACUUACAUUGAACACAUCCAACUACAGGUAGCUGGAGGGUCGGAAACAUGAAACACACCUUGUGAGCUGAUGGAAUCACCUCUACGAAUGCGCUUCCCGCGCUGUCGCUUGAGGUUGUGCUGUGGUUACAGGGACCCAUGGCGGAGCCUCGACUUUUUCUUCUUACAUGUGUUCGGCGCUUGUUGACGGUGUGUGGUGCCAGCUCAGCGAGAUGAGCCUGAUGUUCCUAUGUUGCAAAGCAUUCGGUUCGACUAGCUGGAAAGCUCUCCGUAAGCGCCGGAGCCAGAUCCUGGACUGAGGGCCAUCAACUGCAGGGUGCUCAUGUUCAUUCGCCAGAAUCUAGUGGUGAAAUGCCUGGUGUGUUGUGAGAUGGCAGCGCUUAACAGGAGCACUAGCCCAAUCAGACACGGCAGGCUGGUUUUCCUUCAACUCUAUCAAUCUUGAAAGGGGAAUGCUAAGGAGGCCGAUGUACUUUCAGCCUGUGUUUUAGAAUCGAGGAAACAAUGUCCUGAGAUUGGUUUGCAACAUCCAGCAGCUCACUCGCAGCAGAACGAGGCCGGUCAUGGGUUGUCCUAUCAAGAUUAAGCAGCUACCCGAUAGAGCAGCGGCACUUUAUGUACACAAUACACACACAUUCGCA